UUCAGUUUCUAUGCAAAACGUGUAGAGGAAAGAUGUUUUUUAGUAAACUGUGCUUAUUUCCUUUCCUCCCACCAUUGGAAGUUAAAACUAAGUUUUAUAAUUCAGAGAAGAGUGACUUAUUUCUUGAAGUCCAAAUUCAGAAUAUUUCAUCUUCAACUGUCUUUAUACAAAAAGUUUCAUUAAACCCACCUGAAAUGUACACUGGGGAAGAAUUAAAUACCAUCAAUCAGGCUGGUGAAGAUGAGUGUACCUUUGGAACAAGAACAUUUUUACAGUCAAUGGAAGAACGCCAGUAUUUGUACUACCUUAAGCUUAAACAGGAAUUUUCAGAGAAAGCUGGUAUCAUUAAGGGACUAACAGAAAUGGGAAAAUUGGAUAUAAUAUGGAAGAGAAAUCUAGGUGAAAUGGCAAUGCUACAGACAAUCCAGCUUGAAAGAAAAGCUCCAGUUUAUGGAAACAUGAAGCUGUCUUUAGAAAAAAUCCCGGAUACUGUAAUUAUAGAAGAGCCUUUUCAUAUUAUCUGUAAGAUAAUGAACUGUAGUGGUAGGAAAAUGAAACUGGUUUUGAAGACCUAUGAUACAGAUUCUAUUCGUUGGUGUGGAAAUUCAGGAAGGUAUCUUGGACAGCUGCCCCCAGGUUCAUCUCUCUGCUUCACCCUGACACUACUGUCCUUGAAACUGGGCCUGCAAGUUAUCUCUAGCAUAAAGAUAACAGACAAAGUAUUAAAAAAAACAUAUGUCUGUGAUGACCUUGCAAAGGUCUGUGUAAUACCAUCCAUGGUUAAAAUGAAAAACUGAAGAAAAUCUCUAGUGUUAUGCUUUCCCUAGAGAAGUUUUACAUACAUUUGUCAGCAUCAAAAUGAUAAACUAAGAGCAAACAUAUGGAUUAUUUUCAUUUAAUUCUUUGGAGACUGUGAAUGCCUGUGAAAUUAACCAUUUGUUGAUUUCAGAAAGAG